UACCUACAGAGGGAAAAACAAAGAAGAGAAUUGGAAUCCAGCUGUGCUAAAUGCUUCACAGAGGUAUGAAGACAAAGUCCCUGUAUCAAACAGCUUAUUGGUACUUCUGCAUAUGACCAACCUCUCACAGUACCACUACCUGUAUGAAUUUGAGCAGUUCCCCAUCUCCGCCCUUCAGUUUCACCACCUGUAUAACACAGGGAUAAUCAACUGUGACUACCAGCAAUCCAAGAUGCCAAUAUACGAAGCUCCCAGAGGGAGGGGACUGUCUACUUGCCUAUCUGCUCCCACUUGUACCAACCCCAGAUUAUUCGAACACAUCAGUUGAGACAGUGACACCCAGCCGCCCUUCUCUGCCUCUCCCGUGCUGGAGGGACUGCAAGAUCCUGUCAGGGACGAGGCUUCUUUCUCAUUUGGCCUCAGGUGAAUGAGUGGCUGGGUUGCAGUUUCGCAGCAACAAAAACAAACCCUGCUGAGGGGGCGGCAGGCACCUGCUGGUAUUGCAGCAGCAGAGGCCGGGAUCCGUGCUCUCCGUGAGGUCGUUGAGCGAGCGCAGACAAUUCUCAUUUCCUCUGGAGGAGGCGGCCAGCCCAGCAGGAGGCGGGGCGCCCCCGAUCCCGUGUCCGGAUUAGCUCUGCGCACGCAGCCCCGGUUGGCUUUUCCCCGGCACAAGCUCGGUUCCGCCCAGGAGAACCAGCCCCGGGGAGAGGGCAGAUCCGGGGAGCAUAUGGAGCCGCGCAACGUCGGCUCGGCCAGUGUGGAACGCGGAGCGGAUACAAUGUAGCGAGCGGAGGAGCUGGGGAGAGACCGGGAGCCACGACCACCCCGUAUCACAAGGGAGACCGGGAGCGUCCUUCCGCCCUUUUCCCGGGAAAUCAGUGAUUAUCCCUGGAGUAGCGACUGAGAUUUGGGCAGGCCCCGGACCUUGAGAUGCUCCCGUACAACUGCCGGAGCUCGGGGUGAGGCCCUGGGCAGCUCCCCUCCCCCAAUCAUGUCCCCCGGACCCCCGUGAAACCCUUACCGGCCUCCCCGGAGUUGCUGAGCAGAGAACACCAUGGAGCUGGAGCUGGGCUGGGCGGCUCUGGUGCUCCUCUUCGCCGCCUCCCUGCUCACCGUCUCGGCCUGGCUGUUGCAGUAUUCCCGGGGCGUGUGGAGCGGCCGGGGAAAGCCGGAGUCCGCGGGAGGAGCUCUAAGGGAAGCAGGCAUCUGGAAGUCCUUACUGAGGCUGCGGGUGGCCCGGGACGGAGCUCCCGAGGAGGCGGUAGCGGGGGCCAGAGGGCUCCUUGCCUCGCUCUUUGCCUUCAGAUCCUUCCGGGAGAACUGGCAGCGAGCUUGGGUGCGAGCUCUCAACGAGCAGGCCUGCAGGCACGGGAGUUCAAUCCAAAUCACGUUUGAAGAGAGUCCUCAGCUUCCACCAGCAGUGAAUAUAAGUCACGUGACCUGCACAGACCAGGCAGACCACAGUAUGGUGUUGCACUGCCAUCUGUCAGCUGAUGCUGUGAAGUUCCCAGUCUCUGUCACUCAGCAGUCUCCAGCUGCUGUUGCCAUGGAUACCUAUCAUGUCACCUUAGCUCUGCUGCAGGCCCAGGUGGAGAUCCGUUUGGAGGAGCUGCAGAAUGAGGGCCUGCUGGUGUCAUGGACAUUCAAGAACAGACCAGACUUGAACCUUUCAGUUGUUCCGAAACUUCAGCCCCGUGAAAAGAAUGAUGGGAAAGUGGAUCUGUCCACCAUAAAGGACCUGAUUGAGGAUUCAAUUGUCAGCACCCAGCCUGCCAUGAUGGUGAAUCUGAAGGCAUGCACUGCUGGUAGUAAUGUGAUGUCCUGCGAAAAACUGUCCCGAGAGUCCUCAUCUAAUGUAGUGGCCCCUACGGUGUCCAAGUUGCUUCUCCGGCAUAUGCAGGUGCUCAACUUGAGCUGUGAAGAGGAAGGAGGAGGUGGGAAGCUAUGCUGUGUAGCCGAGCUAGACAGUCCUUUGCAGCAGAAAUGGACAAAGCCAGCGAGAGCAUGCAUCUCCAGCGCUGCAGCAGCGGUGGAGUGGAAUGAGGAGCUCAUGCUGGAGCUGGGGCCACGAAGCAAAGAGUUGAAGCUGAGAGUACUGGGGAACAGCAGUGGUGGGGAGAAUGUGCUUCUGGGACAUACUGCUGUUUCACUUGACUCCUGCACCAAACAGCCAUCUGGGAGGCUGGUCUAUUCCCUGAGUCCAGGAGCUGGGCAGCUGCUGACACCUGCGGCUACCCUUACACUGGAGCUGCUCUACCACGAGUCUCCUUUGUCCCCGAAUCCCCAGUAUGCCACAUCACUGCGCACCAGCAUCACUCCCACCAAAAAAAUUGAAAUGGACCGUACCAUCAUGCCUGAUGGCACCAUUGUGACCACUGUCACCACCGUCCAGUCCAGGCCCAAGGUGGACUGUAAGCUGGAUUCACCUUCGAGGUCCCCAUCCAAAGUGGAAGUGACAGAGAAGAUGACGACAAGGCUUUCAGAGAGCAGUUGUCCCAGCAGUGCCUCAGCCAGCAACAGCUGGGACAGUCACAUGUCCAAUGGCUUGGAUCCUGUGGCCGAGACAGCAAUCAGGCAGUUGACUGAAACGAAUAACAAAUCUGCCAAGAAGACCCCUACAAAACGCAGCACACUUAUCAUCUCGGGAGUUUCCAAGGUACCAAUUGCCCAAGAUGAAAUGGCACUUUCUCUUGGUUAUGCGGCAUCUAUGGAGGCCACCAUGCAUGGAUACUCCAUAAUGGCAGGCAUGUGCGACCAUCCGCAGAGCUCCACUGAGCCAUCCCAGCUGCUGGAAGCAUCGUUCUCAGGACAGAGAGCUAGUCAGGAGCUGGAUGAGACAACACGAUCAGACAUCUCUGAGAGACCCUCGGUGGAGGAUGUGGAAUCUGAAACUGGCUCCACAGGAGCCCUCGAGACCAGGAGCUUAAAGGAUCACAAAGUCAGCUUUCUCCGGAGCGGCACCAAGCUCAUCUUCCGGAGGAAGAAUAAGCAGAAGGAAGCAGGCCUGAGCCAGUCGCAUGAUGACCUGUCCAAUGCCAGCACCAGCUCUGCCACCAGGAAGAAAUCCAGCAGCUUCUCCCGGCGCCUCAUCAAGCGCUUCUCCUUUAAGUCUAAAUCAAAACCCAAGGCCAACGGCAGCACAACAUCAAUGGGCGAGAACUAAGGGUGGGAUGAGCCAGUCCGAAAGAUUGCAUUGAAGCCCCCUUUGUCUCUGUGUCUUUCCCACCCCAGGUAUCUGCGAACUACAAUCCAAUUCCUUCCUUCCUUCCUUCCUUCCUCAGCUGAGGCGGACACUGCCCCUCCCCUGGUGCUUUAUAUUGGUUGAGGAGGUAAGGGAGUUAUGAACCCAAAGUUUAGGUUGAUUAACCACCCUGUUUCUGCCUCUUCUGGAUAUCAUGACCCAUUUGCUCUUGCAUAAGACCUGACAGCUUGCUAAGCAGUCAUUCUGACUGCUCCCGGCACUGGUGGAAUGACUCCGUGUCCUCCUGAUUGCCUUGCACCUUUGACUUCUCCAGAUGACCUUCUAGAAGGGGGACAGGGCCUCUGAGGUGUCUGCUCCAGGGUUAAGACUUAACCCUUUAGUUCCUGAAAUCUUUAACUGUAUGGCAAAAGAGACCCUUGAAUAAUUUUUUUGGGGAAAAGGGGUUAUUCUAUGGAAAAUCAAGGCUCCUCCUCUGUACGUCUGCAUGGUGCAGAGUUCAUGGCCUGACUGAGGAGUAACACCUGUUUGCUGCAGCCUGCCAGCUGGGGUAAAUUUUCAGGGGAAAGAGUAACUCCAUAAACCAGUUAUGCUAUUUGAACCGUGCCCCCCGUUUUGUAGAGAAUUUUGGGAAUUUUUCUUUUAAAUGAAAAGACGUACCAGAAGAAGGGAACACGAGAUGACUCUGCAAGACAACUGGGUCCUUGCAAAAGUCCUCUUAUUAUCACUACUGCAGCAGCUGCUAGCCAGACAUAAGGCUCCCCACUAUUGCCAGGGUGUUUAUAGAAAGAUGAACUGAUCCCUAGAUGUAGCUCCCCGAAAUGUGGUGUCCACCACAUCUAGCUGUCUGGACCAGCAGCUAGUCUUUGUACAUAUGGCCUCCUUUCCUUACAGAGGUGGUUGGGGCCACUGGAGAAGCAGAUGUUCUUCGGUCUUGUAGAAUGCAAGCACAGCUGUUGUGGUCCAUGGGUGCUCUACUCUGAAGACCAACAGGACGCUUGGAAAAUGAGGGGUAGAUUUGCACUAGAGGAGUGUUUGCUAUGUAACUUGAAGUUUGUUUUAGUGCCCCAUGUGCCCCAUUCUUUAGUGGAAAGAAUGAAGGUGAAGUCCUCCACAGAAUAGAUUUAACUUGUUAAAAUGGACCUUUCCCUAGUGACUCCUGAUGGCACUGACUCUUUCUCCUGCAAAUCUGAUUCUAACUAUGUAUCUUUCUUUCAAGUAAUAUAUGAAUGUCCUCGAUUUGUCUUGUGUUGGCAGAGAAAAUGAAGGCCUCUGCAUUUCUUAGCAUCAACUUCAUUGCAUGAAAGAGAAUCAAGUAGACAGCUAGGCAGACUCUUUGCCCUGAAUGUGGCAAGGGGUUAGAAGUUGCUGAAUUUACUUGUAUUGUGAAGUUCCCUUCAGGCCCACUUUGAGUCAAACCAAGAACAUUUUGGAAGGAACCAGUGUCCUAUGAGAGUAUCAUGUGGGGAUAAAUGGUUUGAAAAGGAGCAUCUGCUCUUCAGCAGGAUGUAGAAGUGUGGAGAAGAAAUCAUCCUAAAAGAUGAGGUCACCUGGGACUGGUCUUAUUUUCCUCCUCCCCAAGUUACUAGGGUGGCUACUAGGAUGGGAAAUCAUUUCUGCCUAGAAAGGGGAUGUUGUGGAGUGCGUUUUUGUUUUGUUUUUGUUUUAAAGGCAGCUUGUAUGUAGAAAAAAUUAUUCCUGGGUGAUUGCAGGAGGACAAUUAUUAGGUUUUGCAAAAAUUACAGAGGAAGUCCUGUCUAUAGGAAAAUCCUUGAACAGUGAUCGUGAGGCACAUCAAAAGACUAGAAGGGGGUUAGCAGUGUGUAACUGUGACAAGUUCAGGGCCAGGAACUAUUCAUGUUCCUGGGCUCAGGGAAGCACUAAGUUCUGGGUAGGAUCCAGAGUGCACAGCUAUGAUUUGAAAGCUAACAAGUGGGGCACCUAAGUUAGAGGCGCUCUUUAGCGUUGUCCCACUCACCCCAGCUAGACUGGGCUGUGCACAGUAUAAAACUGGUCCAGCUGGCCAGUAGCCUCCUCUUUUCCCAGCUUUUGGUCCUGAACAGUCUGUUCAGUCUCAACAUCCUUUCUAUUUUUCUCCCUUUUCCUUCUUUACUGAGAAACCAUCAUGCUUAUGCCACUCCUUCCCACACGUUAUCGGCCUACAGCACCUGCUGUCUGUCACUGAAACAUGAGCUCCUUGAUGGAGACUGUGCCAAGAUCUCAGUUGGGGCAUGUUGGCAGUUUUAGAUGACUCCUAGAAAGAUGUACCACCCACCUUUCUGUCACAGCUCACCUUCCUCUGUGGUCUCAAAGCUGUAGCCUUUUCUGACUGGAAAUCCUCCACCUUUCUCAUUCUUGGUUUUGUUUGUUUUUCUUUCUCAACUUUCGGGAGGUAGUUUGAGACUAAAAGUGGUUAAUGUUCUGAAGUCAGACAACAUCAAGAUUUCUCCAACAGCCACCUGUGAAACCCUGCAGUGGACACUGUAGCAGCUUCCCUGGAAGGCUGAAGAUAGUGAAAUACACAUAUUUGAGGUUAGACUGAACGUAAUCUGAUCUGAACAUGACUUUGAAUAACAGAAACAAGCAACUUCUGAGCUGGAACUUAACUGUUUCAUAAGUUUUGAUUUGAGCUUUAAUUCUUCUUAAACAACAAAUAGAAUGGGCUGGCUCUGCUGGAGAGGAGCUGGCUGUGGAAAUGCCAGUGCAGCUCAUUGUAUACUUCUUGAAAUGUAAGAAUCCAGACACUUCAGUACACCCAGAUAGCCCUUUGCAGAUGGCUGCAGGGCAUGGUGGAUGUCUCCUUAGCAGGGUUAAACUAGGAGUCAUGCCUUUACUGUCUUAUGAGCUUUUAUUUAAAGUGUCUGAUAAUUGGGUGAUUGUUUUCUUAGAGCAGGGUUGCUCAGUUGUAUGGUCUUGGUUAAAUGACACAUUCUUCUCCUGUUCUGCAUCUUCACGUUUGUACUCAGUAAUUUUUCCUAUGUAGCUGCUACCAUGCACAAACAGUAGAUUGUGGGACUUUGGCCCUGCCUUUUGUGUACUUCUGGGUACUUGAUACAUAAGGAAUGGUGAUGCUUCAGCCUCACAGUUAGGUGGGAUUAGAUCAAGUGACUGAUCUACCUUUGGCAUACUUCCAGGUGAAAGAGCCCAUGUACAUCUUUAGCAUCCAAACACUUGGAGAAUUUGAUGUGUCUAAGGAGCAAGUCGUAUGGGAUUUUAUUUUCAAAAUUGAUCCUUGAGUCUUAAAAGAUCUAACUUUUUCUUUCUCUACUUGUAUUUAUUGCUUUGAAAUGUUUGCUGUGUAAACUACAUUUCACAGAGGCUGCAGUACCCUCAAAGGGUUAUUUAUUCCCUCAGCCACUUGACUGCUCAUCUUGGCGCUAUCACAGUAAUUUGUGGUAUAACCGCCAGGAUCUACAUGGAUGAAAAUGGCAGAUUUUUCUGCACUCUUUAGAUUAAAGCUGCAGAGCAUCUCCUUAAAGGGUCACUGGGGUCAAACACUUAAAUGUAAUAAAAACUGGUUGUUUAUCAAAUAUCAGUGUUUUGCUGUGUAUGGGAGGAAAACUGAAUGUAAAGUUUUAGGGUUUGCUUGCUUUUUUUUGGGGGGGGGGGGGGAGAAUUGCAUUCUUUUGACACAUCUGCUGUGCAUAUAGUGCAACAUUCUGCUGGCUGUUUGAGAACCAAAAAGUGAAAGUGAUUCUGAACAAAUGAAACAGUGUCAUUGCCUAGGCUGACGCUAAUGCAAAAAUUACACAAUGUAAAUGAAUGUUAAUCUCUAAUGUGAUGGUAAUAACACACAGCUAAAGAAAUGCAUUUUAAAAAUAGUUUUUAAUUUGAAUGUCCUUUUCUAAUUAGCCAUCAAAGCUGUUCUUUAAGCCUGUAGAUGAAAAAUUCAAGUCCAUUUUCUGUCCUUAGUCUACAGGCAAUCUCAUCUCAUGUCAAUAGAAACUGCAUGCGUAGAUAAGGGAUGCUGUGCAGCUUUAAAUGUUAAGAGACACACAUACAGGCUUAAGUGCAAAAGGCAGUGUUAUGGAGAUCUCUCUUUCAAAGGAUGUUUCAAAAAGCUUCUUGUUAAUGGAACCUAAUUGUGUGUGUGUUGGGGAGCGGGGUUCUUUGUAAACAGCAUUGUUUGGCUAUCUUUUUACAGGCUAUGAUAUGAACGGAUUGAAAAGGAGAGGUAUGAUCAGUAGGUCUGCUUACUAGCCUUUACAGACUUUGUGGUGAACCACAUUGGCAAUCCUCCCCAUUCCCAUAGGCAUUUUUUGUAAUGUGGUAUAUUUAAAAAAUAAAAUAAAAAUGAAAACUGCUUCUCACAAACAUCUGUUGAAUACACUUAAGAAUUUCAUGGUCAGAUGAGUUGAGGCCAGGCAGAGAAUGGGACACAUAACUGGAAUGAAGUUGGGGAUAUUGAAAAGUUUUAUACAGACCUCUGCAAAUUGUUAACUCUUUACUCAACUAAGUUAAUUACUACUUUUCAAAUUAGAAUAUGCAUGUACGUAUAUACAGGGUGUGUAUGUAUACGGAAGUUUCCUUCUGUUUCCUCUGAGUUAACCUUACUUAGGGACUUGUUUCCUGUGAAAACAUCUUUCUUUGGGUUAGAUUUCAAAUCUAUAGAGCUGGGGGCUUGUUGGCAACUAGCAAGCCAGUCUGAUCCCAGAUGAGACAGCAGCUGUGACUUAGAUCUUACUUGUUCCUUUCAGCUGUCUUUUUCUUCCCUUCCUGUACAUAAUUAAUAUACAGUGAAGGUGUCAGAUCCUUGGUAGCAGAGAUUCAGUGAAACCUUGUAAAAUAAAAAGCUGGUGUGUACCCUGUGAUACUGUAGCUCCUUUACAUGAGUGCCCCUCAACUCAGGACUUCUUUCACAGGUAUCUGCUUGCUUUGCUCACUUGUACAGGUUCUGGAGCAAACACCCACCCUGAGUCUGAGCUCGUGCCCCAUACUUAUGCUCUUUUUUGUACUUUGAUGCCUUCUUUGUGGGUGGAUUAUUUUAACCCCAGAUUUCAAUACAAAGAAAAAUAGGAACUGUUCAGCUAUUUAAGAGAUUAGAGUACAAUGAUUUAUUUAAAGAUGAAAUGGAUGAAAUUCUGCACCUUUGUAAAUGUUUAAGAAGAGUUCCAUUGCUGUGUAAUGGCCUGAACUUGUUAACUUAUUAAACUAAAUGGAAGUUUAUAAACAGUA